AUGCAGGCAUCUACCUCGAGCACGGCGGCCGCGUCGUCGUCGUCGCAGCAGCCUUGGGUCAUCGCCAAGAUUGGCGGCACCAGCGUCGGCAAGCAGCUGCACGCCGUCGUCGAGACCAUCGUCCCGACCCACAUCAAGUCGGGCAACCGCAUCGCCCUCGUCUGCUCGGCGCGCUCGGGCAACACCAAGGCGACCGGCACCACCAACCUCCUCCUCCGCGCCGCGCACGAGGCGCUCCGCCCCAAGGGCCAGCCCGACCUCUCCUCGUCCGUCCCCUCGCUCCGCAACUCGCCCUCGCAGUCGCCCGCACCGGGCACGCCGUCGACGCCGCGAGGCAGCUACCUCCUGUCCGGCAGCGUCUCGUCCCUGCGCCUGUCGCGCUCGGCGACGCCCGACGAGCGCCAGCCGUUUGACGACACGGUCGACCAGAUCAAGGAGGACCACAUGGUGGCGGCGAGGAAGGCCAUCGUCAACUCGCGCGAGCUGCUCGACGAGGUCGAGGAGGAACUCGAGUACGACUGCGAGCGCUUGAGGGGCUUUCUCCGCGCGGCACAGAUCAUCGACGAGAUCUCGACCCGGUCCAAGGACAUCAUCAUGGGCGUUGGCGAGCGGCUCUCGUGCCGCAUCGUCGCUGCAGCGUUGCGGGAUCGGGGCAUCGACGCCGAGCUCGUCUCGCUCGAGAACAUCAUCGACUGGGACGUCCUGACGGACGAGGACGCGCAGACGGGCAAGGCGGCAGACGGUCCGCCGCAACUUGGGCAGACGUUUUACUCGCGUCUGAGCCAGCGGCUCGGCGAGCGGUUGGCCGAGUGCGGCGACAGGGUGCCCGUCGUCACCGGCUUUUUCGGCGUCGUUCCGGGUUCGCUCCUCGCGCAGGUCGGUCGCGGCUACUCGGACCUGUGUGCGGCCCUGUGUGCGGUCGGCGUCGGCGCGUCCGAGUUGCAGGUGUGGAAGGAGGUCGACGGCAUCUUUACGGCCGACCCGCGCAAGGUCCCGACCGCACGCCUCCUGUCGACCAUCACGCCGGAAGAGGCCGCCGAGCUCACGUACUACGGUUCCGAGGUCAUCCACCCGUUCACCAUGGAGCAGGUCAUCCGUGCCGCGAUCCCGAUCCGCAUCAAGAACGUUGAGAACCCGAGCGGCGAGGGCACCAUCAUCUUCCCGGACUCGGUCGCGCCCGACGCCCACCCGGCCGAGCACACGGCGCGCAACACGGUCGCGCCAUCGGUCGCGACUCGAGCCCCGUCGAGCGUCCCGAGCUCUGCCCUCGAGCCGCACCUCGGGCCGACCGCCAUCACGAUCAAGGACACGGUCGUCGUCCUGUCGGUGCACUCGAACCGCAAGACGAUCGCGCACGGCUUCUUUGCGCGCAUCUUUGGCACGCUCGACAAGCACGGCAUCGUCGUCGACCUCAUCUCGACGUCCGAGGUGCACGUGUCGCUCGCCGUGCACGGCGAGAUGCGCAAGAGCGUCCUCGACCGCGUCGUGCGCGACCUCAAGCCCGUCGGCGAGGUGUCGAUCUCGCGCGACAUGGCUAUCCUGUCGCUCGUCGGCAAGCACAUGAAGAACAUGGUCGGCACCGCCGGCAAGAUGUUCAGCACUCUCGCCGAGGGCAACGUCAACAUCGAGAUGAUCUCUCAGGGCGCGAGCGAGAUCAACAUCUCGUGCGUCAUCGAGGAGCGUGACGCCGUCAAGGCGCUCAAUCUCGUGCACCUCAAGCUGCUCAACCAGGCGCCGCAAGGUCUCGCAGGCUACUGAGCCCGCCUCGAGCUCGUCGUGCUCGCCCCCCUUCCCAUCUUGUUUCCCCGCCGCACUCUCCCUGCAUCUCCCUCCUGUCGUCGUCGGAGCGGAGCGUUGUACCCCUUAGACGCGAGGAGGGCGAGGAGGAAAAUGGGCUUGUGCAAAGCUGGUGGUUCGCGC